CAAGUGCUGCGUGAUGACGUAUAUUUCCUGCGCCGUGUUAUCACGUGAAGCCCAAACACUGUGGAGCUGCGACCUGAUGUCGUUUGUUUCUCCUGUUUCUUGUGGGUUUUUAUAAAAGAACUCGUUCGUAUUCCAUUCAUUGCGGCUCCGUGACAUUUGCUGUUUGUGUGAUGGAGACAUGACUUCCGCUGUCGUCACAGCUCUGAAAACUCUGACCAGACCAGUGAGCGAGGUGUCAGUUUGUGACUCUGCAUCUCCACAAGAUGCUCUCCUGGUGGCGCUGCGCUCCAACAGAGCUGCUCUCCUGCAGCAGCUGCAGAGCGACCCCGGCCUUGAGGAGGUGCGAAAGUGGAGAGAGGAAAUAAUGGAAGGAGCAGCGUGGUUUCUGAGUCCAACAACAAAAGAAGGAGGAGAAGAAGAAGAAGACACCACCUGGUGUUUUGUCCAGGAGUGUCUCCUGCUGCUGCUGGUCCUGGCUCGACAUCUCACCGCUGAACUGGAGCGCUUUGAACAAACGCCUGCUGUUAGCAACAACGGCAGAGCGGCGGCUGCUCCUCCUUUACCUCCUGAUGUUCUGAGUGUGGCGCAGCAGAGGACGCUGGGAGCUGCGCUGCAGUUUGUUGUCUCUCUGGGACUUUGUCCCUACCUGUCUCCUGGUGUGGGCGUGUCUCUCCGGAGCAGGUCGGCCUUCGGAGCCAUGGUUGAGAAACUGAUCCGUGGUGGAUCAGCGUCACGGGCGGCGGAGCAGCGUCUCCACACCACCACCAGCGUCCUGCUGCAGGUGUCGCAGCUGUCGUCACUGGCCACCACCAUUUUUACACAGCAUCUGGGCGACCUGAUGGCGGCGCUGUGUCAGCUUGGAUACCGACCGCGGGGACGGAACCCAGAGCAGCAGCAACGGCAGGAACAAAAGGAUCUGAGUCCAGAGGACAGGAAAUCCUGUCAGGACGCCCUCAGAAACCUGCUGGGACGAGUCCAUCAACCAAUCGUCAUCAAGGAGCUGCUGAUCCUGCAGGGCGGAGCCAGACAGAGUUCUGGCAGCAACGGAUCGGCUGCUCUGGGAUCGGCUGCUCUAGGAUCAGCUGCUCUGGGAUCAGCUCCUGCGUGGCUCAGACGUCUGUGCGGUCGACUGCUCUCUGAGAGACUGGUGCAGCCCAGUGGUGUCCAAGCUGUGGUCCGGGCCAUUCUAGAAGGAGGGACGGGUGGCGACUCAGACUGGAGGAAGUGUGACAGUGUGGCUAGAAUCCUGGUGACCUGUCCUCAACAGUCUGCUUCAGCAGAGGAAUACUACAGACACGUGUGUCCUCAGAUCCUGGACCUGCUGCAUUUCAAAGACAAGCUCACAGCACAGCAGUUUCAACGUGUGGCCACCAGGGCGGUGCUGUUCAUGGUGGAAGAGAAGAGCACCUUUGCCCAGCAGCACCUGCUCGCUCCUCUGUUAGAACCUCUCCACCGCUGCAGAACCAUGAUCGAUGGAGGUGCUGCUGUGGAGGAGUGGGAGCUGACCCGCUGCGUGGAGGACGUGUUCAAGAUCUGGGUGGUUGGGGACGGUUCUUCGGCUGCUCUGCUCUCGGCUCUGGAGGACGUCCUGCCAGUCGUCUUCACGCUCUUCUGUUUCAGCAGACAGAACGUGUCUCACCUACGCGCCCCCUGUCAGGACACUCUGCUGUGGUACCUGAGCCACUGUGAUGAGGCUGCAGCUCUGUCAGCUCUGAGGCAGCUCUCGGGUCUGGGGGGUCCGAGGUCGGAGGCCGACGCCCACUUCCACUUCACCCCCGGCAGCGACGGAGGAGCCAGGUUCAGCACCAGGGACAGAGUCAGUGAGGACGAUGCUCUCUAUCAGGACAUCUCUGAGGAGCAGUGGAGGUUGGAGUGUCUGAUGGCUCUCCUGUCUGAGCUCAAAGACUCUGACCUUCCUGGAGAUUUCUUCCUGCUCCUGCUGCAGGAGCUGACCAGCUGGACGACGGCAGACGGUGAGGACACAGAGGAGGAGCAGGAGCUGGACCUGUCCUCCAUGACGCUCCUGCAGGUGGAGCAGCAGGUGCUGGGCCCGGUCCAGAGGAAGGGCCAGAAGGUGGCGCUGCUGCAGGUUCUGGCAGUAAUGGUGGAGUCUGUGCAGCACAGUGUGCUUCUGAGGAAGGCGACACAGGUGGUGGACUUUAUUGUGUCCCUGUUCCAGAGAGCGUGUGUGUCUCUGGACCAGGACUCUGACCUGGAGAACCCAGUUGAGAGCCAGACCCUGAGUAUGGGGAUCGGACUGGUGGCCACCUUGCUGUCUGGACCUCAGCUCAGCCCAGAGGAGUUCUCCUCCAUGUCCAGACUCCUCCCCCCACUGGAGACCCUGUCCCAGAACCAUCCUGAUGAUGUCAUCCAGGAGCUGGCGUCCAACCUCAGAGCCGUCAUUGCGACGCGUGGAGCCUUCAGGCCUGAGAACAUCACUGGUCCUGCUUCUACUGAACUCUGCGGGAACAGAACCGACAGAGUGAAGAAGCAGAAGGUAGAACCUGAGACCAGAACAUGUCCUGCAGACCCUCUCAGCAGAAGGACCAGGACCAGACAAGAAGAACCAGGACCAGGACCAGGACCUGGACCAGGACCAGCUGCCACCAGGACACCAGCUAACACCAGCACGCCACCUCCCUCCAACAAGCCCUUUUCUGAUUGGCUGUUGGAGGCGUGUGACCCAGACGUACCAACCAGAGCCCUGGCCCUGAGGGUUCUGACCAAGAUGGUCCAAAAGAAGAACCCCGAUACCAUCAAGGACCAGGAAAAAGUUCUGAUGGUCUUCUUGGAGAACCUGCAGCACCAGGACUCCUUCGUCUACCUGUCAGCCAUUCAAGGUCUGGUCUCGUUGGCCGACGUCUUCCCGGAGAAGAUUCUGGAUCAGCUCCUGAGGGACUUCAAACACGGACCCUCCCACCCCUCGUCCAACCAGGAGCACUCGCUGGAGACGCGCCUUAAAGUGGGCGAGGUCCUGAUGAGGGCGAGCAGGGCAAUGGGUGACCUGGCGUCUUACCUCGGCCGUCCUCUGGUGCGUGUCUUCCUGCAGGGGACCAGGGACGUGGACCCCGGUGUCCGGGCCAGCAGUCUGUCCAACCUGGGUGAGCUGUGUCAGAGACUGGACUAUUCUCUGGGUCCACUGGUUCAGGAGGUCAGUGUGUGUCUGGUCUCCCUGAUAAAGACAGAGAAGGAGUCAGAGGUGAGGAGAGCUGCCGUUCAUGUCAUCACUCUGCUGCUGAGAGGACUGAGCCACAGAACCACAGAGGUUCUCUCAGAUGUUCUUCUGGACCUGUACCGGGCCCUGAAGUGGACCCUGGCCUGCGACCCGGACCAGGUGGCGGUUCUUCACGCCCAGCUGGCUCUGGAGGAGCUGGAUGAUGUCAUGAGGAGCUUCAUCUUCCCACAACAGAAGCUGGAGAAGAAGAUCGUGGUCCUGCCUUGACUCUGGUCCACAGCCACGGUUUGGACUUUUAGAACCACAGUCGGUUUUAAAGAACAGGAACCGUUUGGUACUGAGUGUGGAUGAAACUCAAAUGAUCUCUGUUUUUAUUAUGACUCUGUGAGUACAUUAAAAUGACCAGUCUUUGGAA